AGGCAGCCGGAGUGCCACGCGACAGCAGACGGGUUUUCGCGCCAAAACCUACCCGUCUCACGCUCGCGCUACGCGACUUUAUAACUGGCACCCGCUCAACCCACAAUCGCCCAAUGAAUAUUUAAUUGAACCGAUUCCUUUGCCGAGCCGGCGAAUCAAUGAGCGAACUUCAUUGCCGCAUCGGAAAAGUCAUGAUAGUAUUUCUGUUGACACUGUCGCAAUAGUCGGAAAAGUUUGCUCGUAAAAUGCCGAUCGGUUGAAAUUUUUAAGCCAAUAUGAACUUUCUGCGAUACAAUUUGUGUUGUAAAGUUUUUUUAAUACUUUUCGCAAUUAGCAGUCCCAUCUUGGCGGCUGACGAGUCCCUAUUUCCGCGAUUCGUGGAACCCGUUCCCAAUGUUACGGUCACUGUGGGACGCGAUGCGCUGCUCGCCUGCGUGGUGGAGGACCUCAGAGGAUAUAAGGUAGCGUGGGUGCGAGUGGAUACCCAGACAAUACUGAGCAUCCACCACAACAUCAUAACGCAGAACCCGCGCAUCAGCCUGUCGUACAACGACCACCGCUCGUGGUACCUGCACAUCAAGAACGUGCAGGAGGUCGACCGCGGCUGGUACAUGUGCCAGGUCAACACUGACCCCAUGCGCUCUAGGAAGGGAUACUUACAAGUUGUAGUACCACCAAUGAUCAUUGACAACAUGACAUCCACCGACAUGGUAGUACGUGAGGGGACAAACGUCACGAUGGUAUGCCGGGCCACCGGCUAUCCGGAACCGUACGUCAUGUGGCGACGGGAAGACGGCCAAGAAUUCAACUGUAAUGGCGAGUCAGUGAACGUUGUUGAUGGUGAAAACUUAACAAUAUCAAAAGUGUCACGUCUUCACAUGGGUGCUUAUUUAUGUAUAGCAUCGAAUGGCGUCCCACCAUCCAUCAGCAAACGUGUAGUUCUCAUGGUCCAGUUCCCACCGAUGCUAUCGAUCCCAAAUCAGUUGGAAGCUGCGUAUGUAGGACAAGACGUAACGUUGGAGUGUCACACUGAGGCUUACCCAUCGUCUAUCAACUAUUGGACUACAGACAGAGGCGACAUGAUUAUAUCAGGAAACAAAUAUAUCACAUCGCUCAAUGAUGACGGUUACAGUCGUAAGAUGAAUCUUAUCAUACGAAAAGUAUCUCUUAAAGAUUUCUCAUCGUACCGCUGUGUCGCUAAGAAUUCUCUAGGAGAGACGGACGGUCUUAUAAGACUUGACGAAAUACCAGCCCCAUCAACUACAAGUACUACAGUUAACUACGUUCCUACAUUUCCACAAAAGAAAAAAGGUAAACAUAGAAAUCGUUGGCGAGAUAGUUCAGCUGAAAACAGAGUCAUCGGGGACUAUGAGGUGGAGGAAUGGAAAGAUAUUGAUUACGAUUCAACGCAGUCCUCGAGCAGCGGAGCCGUCCAAGAACAUUAUAUUCUCAUCACGUUAAUCUUAGCAAUUAUUAGCUGACAUAAAACGUAUAUCUCAACAUUAUAGUGCCAAUGACUUUCAACUAAUUAAUACCUUUCAUUAAUAAAUAUUAGAACAGUGAUACGAAGCUUUGUGUAAUAGCAUUGUAUAAAAUAGAGUAUACCUUAGAAUGUAAAAGGACGUUUGGAAUAUCUCGUACCUUCGUUAUUCUUUUGUGUUUAAAUUCCGAAAUAGUGAAGUCUGACAACGCAAUGUGAGCAAAAUGAUUUCGAGAGAUCUCGUGCAAAAAUAGUCGAAAACUACACACGAUUGGAUCCUGGUUGUAAACCUAUUGCGGCUCCAUUGUUACAUUCGUUAGUCAUAACUCCAGCAGUAGUAUUUUUCGGUAAGUGCCGUUGACACUCUUGUGAAUUUUUGUUCAAUUUGUUGAGUAUAAGGUUGAUUUUAAGGCAGAUUGUAAAUAAUUAUUCUUAUAAAAGACUGAUAGAUUCUAUUAAUAACGUGCCAUACAUCUAUCUGAACAUUAUUAUGUACAAAAUAUUCCGUUGUUGUGGUUGGAGUAGAUUUCUAUAGAUUUAGCAAUUUAGAAAUACAUUAUGUAAACAAAAAAUCUGUAGAAAUAUAACAACGUUGUUAA